CCCAACAACGUUUUCGCGGAAAACGCGUACAUUUUCUCCUGCGACGGCAGCGACGACCAUCAGUGUAGUUUUUCCCGUGUCGAAACAUUUUGCGUUCGUAUCGUUUGGCCCUGUUUCCCGUGUUCUGUCUGUGUGUGCGACACAGCUAGCGUUGUGUGCUGAUUGAAUAUAUUGCUCGAUCAUCAGCGUCCGCGUGAUUGUUGCCGAAGCAAAUCAAUUUUGAAAUACCGCAGAAGGAGUCCCGUCCCGUCUGCGUACAGUUUUGCGUGUGCACCCCCGCCGACUCGACCCGGGUGAAAGCGACGCAGAAGUCCCAACACCCCGGAUCGAUCGUAAUGACCAUUUCGGGCUGCCAACUACGGUCUGCAACAACAAACAUGAGUUGAACGGGAGGCAGUCGCAGCAGUGCGUUGAAGAACAAAAAAACCUAUCCCUGUACCAUCAAAACACCCCCUUCCCGAUGGUGAUCAUCGCUUAUAAUCCGCAUCAUAUACAGAAGUGAACAGUGUUUAAUAACAUAACUCCAAGCGUAAUAUUGUGGCCUAGUAGUGGCUUUGUAGUGUUUUUGCCGCUUCUUAAUUUUGUACACCUGUGCACUAGCAGCAUAUCCCCCGUGUGAGAGUGUGUGUUUGUUAUUUGUGUCCUAUAUGUGAUCCGUGUUGCUUGUGCGUGUGUAAAUAAAUAAAAGGUUGGGAUGGCAGCAUGUCUGUCCCUCCCCCACGACGACGCACCAGGUGUUGUGCGCGAUCAAGUGAGUGAAGCAAACCAAUAGAUAGAAGCGAUCGUGUGCAGUGAAGGAAAAAGUGUUUCAAAUAUAGAAAGCGCAAUCGGCCGUGUGCGUUGUUGUUUGUUGCUGCUUAGGCACAAGAAUCCCCACACAACCAUUGCUCUCCCGGUUUGAAGGCGGUUGCGCAACCGGAUCUCGCGCUCCACAACCGCCGUCCGCCGCCCAAGGGGCACGGGCAGUAACCGGAAACCGAUCCGCGCGCGUCAAUACGAUGCAAACCGUCUCGUUCGAUCUUGGCAGCAGCAGCAGGAUCGUCAUCCCGUCAUCGUCGUUGGCGUGGUUGCUGUGGUUUGCGACACCGCGGCUCAUCGGUAUGGGCGACACCUGUGCCGUCUCCCGGCCGUCAUCGAUCGGUGCCGGCGGUGAGGAUGGUGAUCGUGCCCGGUUCCUUGGCUCCGGUUGCUAGAUUGAAGCAGCCGGUGUGCAGAAGCAUGCGGAGGAGUGAUGGUGAUGGUGGUCGCACUAGCAGCAGCAGCGUGGUCGAGGUUGAGCGAAAGGGUGGUAGUCACCGAAACACGAACACAAAACAGCAACAGCACCGUCUGCGACGAUGGUUACGCACCACCGUGCGUCACAGGAAAACGAUCAGCCAGCAGCAAGUAUCAGCGAACCAGAGGCAGCUUGAUUUAUACGCAUUCGUUAUCAUCCCUUGGCGUACGAGGGCAGUGAUAGUGUGUGAAUUGGUUUGAAAUCCGUGACAAAAAAAAGAGAAAAGAAAAACGAAGAAAAACACUCCACAGGGAUCAAAGAAAAGCGCACUGUCAAAACAUACGCGGCAGUGUGCGUUACUAGCGUUACUAAGAGCGGUUACUAUAUAGUGUGUAUGAGUGUGUGAGUGAGUGCGAGUGUACAGUGAGGGAACACAGAAAGAGUAACCAUUUCCCGUACACCAAGGCAACAACAAAUUGCAGUGAUAAUAACCAUCAGCGAUCAACGAAAAACACCAACAUAAAACACCCCAUUUUUUGUCUCGAUUACCUUCGAUCCUCGAUCUUCGUCGUACAAGGAUUAGAGGACACCAUUGUGACUCAGAGUGCGAGCCGGAGAGCUCAUUAAUUAAAUUCUUAUCUGUUCGCUGGCGGGCCCAAAGGUCAUUCGCUAACUAGCGAGACGUUCGGAGCCACCCUUACCUAGACCAACAUAGAGAGAGAUAGAGAGACACGUACCUUCACACGAUGGACGGGGUAAGGGCGUUGGACAUAUUGCCGCUGCUAAAUGAACGGUUCGCACUGCUGUCCGGCGGCCGGGACAAUCGGGGCGGACCGAUCAUCUGCUUCCCGGCCACGACAAAGCGCGAGCGGAUCAAACCGGAAGACAUCAAGCGGGUCGUCAGCUACUUCAUCAACAUACCGAGCGAUGAAAGCAAAAGUCAUGGCUUUACCAUCAUCGUGGACAUGCGGGGCAAUGGCAAUACGGCGGCAAGCGCCAAGAUGAUACUGAAGGUGCUGCAGGAAAGCUUCGGCACGGACGUCAUCCACCAGGCGGUCAUCAUCAAGCCGGACAACUUCUGGCACAAGCAGCGUUCGUCGAUCGCCAGCAACAAGUACAAGUUCGAGACGACCACGAUUUCGAUCCAGUCGCUCGGGAAGCUGGUGGAACCGUCGCAGCUAACGUCGGACUUUGAAGGGUUCCUGCACUACGACCAUGCGGUGUGGAUCGAUCUGCGCGUGGCGUUCGAAGAUUUCCUGUGGCAGGCCAGCGACAUCCUGGAUCGCAUCGAUGACCUGCAGGAAGAUCUCACCCACUCCGAAUGUCCGGAGGAUGUGAAUGGGGCGAAGCACAGCAUCGAUGCGCACAACGAGAUGAAGCGCAAGAUACUGAAGCUGCCGAUCGAGGAUCUUGAUCUGCAGGGCCAGAAGCUGCUGGGAAAGUUGACGACCUACUCCAACCGGAACGACGACGGCUGUCAUUCGGCACCGUUGCCCACCAACUGUAUCAAUCCGGACGUAACGUCGGCGAUGAAUCAGGUGCUGCAACAGCUCGAAACGACGCGCAAUGCUCAGCAGCAGCUGCUGAACCUGUGGCAACAUCGCAAAACGAAGCUCGACCAGUGCUUCCAGCUCCGGCUGUUCGAGCAGGACUGUGAGAAAAUGUUCGACUGGAUCCUGCACAACCGGGACGUGUUUCAGGAGACGUACGUCGAGAUUGGGCACAACUACGCGAUCGCCAAAAAUCUGCAGGAAGAGCACCAACGGUUCGCCAUCACGUCACGCAACGUGUGCGUUAACAUCAAUCGCAUACUGGCCGUUGCGGCACGCUUGUACGAGGGUAAUCACUAUGCGGCGGCUCACAUACGCACGCUGGCGGCACGGUUGGACAAAACGUGGAAAGAUUUCGUCACGACGCUGGACGAACGGACGGCCGUGCUGACGCUGUCGGUCGUGUUCCAUCACAAGGCGGAACAGUACACGGAGAGCGUGAGCAGUUGGGCGGCAGCGUGCGAGGCAACCAUCCCGACACCGACAAAUGUGGAAAGUCUGGAGACGGCGAUCGGUACGCACCAGUCGCUGUACGAAGCGAUGUGCCAGGCGUACACGGAGGUGCACUCGACGAGCAAGAAGCUGCUGUACCAGCUCGACCAUCUGGUGCAAGUUUGCAACCAACCGCCGAUCGUCAACACUAGAAAGAAUGAUAACUCCCACUUUAACGGUGGCAAUCCGGCGGCCGAUUACAGCGAAGGUGCGUCGCACGUACUCUCAGUGAUACAUCAAAUACUCGGACAUCACCGGGCGCUCGAAAGCAAGUGGCACGCGGGCAAGCUACGGCUACAUCAGAAGCUCGCCCUUCGACUAUUCCAGGAGGACGUGAAGCAGGUGCUGGACUGGCUGCAGAACCAUGGCGACGUGUUUCUGCGGAAGAACCGCGGUAUCGGCAAAAGCCUCCAGAAGGCACGCAUUUACCAGACAAGCCACGAGCACUUUGAAAAUGUCGCUCAAAACACCUACCGAAACGCGGAGAAGCUGCUGGCCGCAGCGGAAGAACUGGCCCGUUCCGGUGAAGUAUCGCCACAGGAAAUAUUUUCCGUCGCGCAAGAGCUCGAAACGAACGUGGCCUCGUUCGCGGAACGGGUCGAGAAGCGCCGAAGACGGCUGGAUCUGGCGGUGGUAUUCUACUCGAACGAGAAGGAAAUAUCUGCCUGGCAGGAACAGCUGCAUGCGGAGGUGACGAACGAAGAAUCUCUUGAACUAGCGAACGAACAUCUGGAGGGUACGGAGCGUAUGCUGGAGCAGUGCAAGGAGCAGGAAGAGAACACGCUUAAAACGUGCAUGCAAGCCAUCGCGCAAGGCGAAGCGUUGCUGCAGGAGCUGCGUGCGAUCGAGGAGGAAGACAGCUCGGGAUCGCUAACGGCCGUUCAGAAUGCGCUCGAUCGCAUCCAAAAGAAUCGGCUCGAUCUCGAGGGGCUGUGGCAGACGCGUCGCAUGAAGAUCGAUCUUUACCUGCGGUUGCGCAUCUUCGAACGGGAUGCGCUGGAAGUUUCGUCCCAGCUGGAGAUGUGGUCGGAGGAGUUGCAGCACACGGAAGUGUCGCGGGAUUUCCAGAAAACGGAACAGUUUCUCCGGUUGCACAACGAGUCGGUCAACCAGAUGCAGACGACGACCUAUCAGGUGAUAAACCAGGGGCACGAGCUGAUGCAGCUGUUCGAAUCGUCCGGGCUGCUGAUCAUGGCGGACGCGAACCAUACCGCCCAGACCCGGGUGCAGUGUUUGUUGGAGUUUUUGCACGAUCGCGAACUGGACCUGGAGGAUAUGGCGGAAGCGAAGCGCAUCAAGCUGGAACAAUCGAUGCAGCUGUGCCACUUCCAGAACGACGCUAACCAGGUGAUCUCGUGGAUCCGCAACGGGGAGGCAAUGCUGAUGGCGAACUUUUCCAUCCCGAACAACUUCCAGGAAGCGGAACAGCUGCGCAAGGAGCACGAACAGUUUCAGGUGGCGAUCGAGCGCACGCACACGGCCGCCGUGCAGGUGAAGUACCGUGCCGAUGCGCUCAUGAACGCGAACCAUUACGAUCCGCAGAGCAUCAAGGACAUUGCGGAAGAUGUGACCAAGAAGUGGCAGAAGCUGGUAACGUGUGCCGAAGAGCGGCACAAGCUGGUGACGGCGUCGCAGAACUUUUUCAAAACAGCCGAACAGGUGUGCUCGGUGCUGGACAGCCUGGAGAAGGAGUAUCGGCGCGAGGAGGAUUGGUGUGGUGGUGGCGGAUCGACCGACAAGGGCCAACAGAUUGUGCAGCUGAUCUCGAAGCAUCAGGAACAGAAGGAAGCGUUCCUGAAGGCGUGUACGUUGGCACGCCGCACGGCGGAAACGUUCCUGAAGUACGCGAACCGGUCGCUUCAGUUCUAUCACGUCAACUCCACGACCGUCAACAGUGAGUCACGGGUGAAAUCGAUUCUCGAAAAGCUUCUCGCACAGGAAACGCAGGUGCUGGAAUACUGGACGCAGCGUAAGAAGCGGCUCGACCAGUGCCAGCAGUUCGUGCUGUUUGAACGGUCCGCCAAGCAGGCAAUCGAGUGGAUACAUGACACCGGCGAGGCGUACCUAUCGUCGCGCAAGAACAAACUGUGCUCGAGCCGGGAAGAGUCGGAGCUGCUGCUGCGCGAGCACAACGAGUUCAAGAGCACGGCCAAGGAAACGCGCGAGCGUGUGAAGCUGCUGAUUCAGCUGGCUGACACGCUGGUCGAGAAGGGCCAUGCGCACGCGAGCUCGAUCAAGCAGUGGGUCGCGACGGUCGACUACCGGUAUAAGGACUUUAGCCAGCGGAUGGAGCUCUACCGAUCGAAUCUCGAAAAAUCUCUAGGCCUACCUGGUAUCAUACAGCAACAGGAUGACAAUAACCUUAGCAGUAGCAAUAGCAGUAAUAAUAGUAGUAACAGUAGUCUUAACGCGAGCCGAUCCAUUUCCUCGGUCAACUCCAGCUCGGGCAUCUCGUCGGCCGGAUCCUACUCGAGCGUGAUUGCGGUGGGCGGAGCGGCUUCGCCCGUGCCCGGUGCCGGUGGUAUGGGCGGGGACGGUGGUAGUGGACCGUGUUCGGCCAGCUCCGGCACCGGCACGAGUGGAUCGAGUUCGGGCGGCUCGGUGCUAGAGUAUCGCCACUCGGAUCCAUCGCUGGAAACGAAGCUGAAUGCGGCGGCCGCGGGUUCGGGAGCGGUGGGCGCGGUACAGAAGGAAAUAAACGAAGAGAAGCGCAAAUCGGCACGUAAGAAGGAAUUCAUCAUGGCGGAGCUGCUGCAAACGGAGCGCACGUACGUGAAGGAUCUGGAGACGUGCAUCAAUGUGUUUUUGCGCGAACUCAAAAGCGGCCAGCAGGUGCCUACCAAUUUGCUCGGCAAGGAGCACAUACUGUUCGCCAACAUUGAGGACAUUUUUCAGUUUCACGAGAAAAUUUUCCUUCGCGAGCUGGAAAAGUACGAAACGAUGCCGGAAGACGUCGGCCAUUGCUUUGUGACGUGGGCCACCAAGUUCGACAUGUACGUGCACUACUGUCAGAAUAAGCCACAGUCGAUGGACUAUAUGGUGCAGCACGGCGGUACGUACUUCGAGGAGGUGCAGCGGAAGCACAAGCUCGAACAUUCGCUUCCGGCGUACCUGAUCAAGCCGGUGCAGCGCAUCACCAAGUAUCAGCUGCUGCUGAAGGAUUUGCAGUCGUGCUGUGACGAGGGCCAGGGUGAGAUAAAGGACGGGCUGGAGGUGAUGCUGAACGUGCCGAAGAAGGCGAACGAUGUGAUGCAUCUGUCGCUGCUGGAGCAGUGCGACAUGCCGAUCGAGAAUUUGGGUGACGUGGUGCUGCAGGAUUCGUUCCUCGUGUGGGACACGAAGCAGAUACUGAUCAAGAAGGGGCGCGAGCGGCACGUGUUUCUGUUCGAGCUGUACAUUCUCUUCUCGAAGGAGGUUAAAGACACCAACGGGACGGUGAAGUACAUCUACAAGAACAAGCUGCUCACAUCGGAUUUCGGCGUUACGGAGCACAUCGAAGGGGACGAGUGCAAGUUUGCCAUCUGGACCGGGCGUGCCCCAAUCCUGUCCGACAUUCGCAUCGUGCUGAAGGCGAACAGCCUCGAGACGAAGCAGCUGUGGGUGAAGCGAAUGCGCGAGGUGAUGCAGGAAACGUACUUCUCGGGUACCUCGUUCUCGCUGCUCAAAUCCCCGGCCAAGGUCAGUGGCAAGAACUUGGGCCAGCGGCUAUCGAAGGACAUAGACGAUACGCUCAACGAUAACGAUCAGGAUGGCAGUUCGCUGGCAAGCUUCGGUUCCGGGAACACGACCGACAGUGAGAAGGGCGGAUUAGCGGAGAUGACAUGGGUCAUAGCGGACCAUACGGCAGCACCGGGCUCGUCCGAGCUGAGCGUCAGCAAAGGUCAGCAGGUCGAAGUCGUCGACGUGAACUGUUCGGGUGCGCCCGAAUUCUGCCUGGUGCGUCUGUCGAUCAAUGCGUCCGACAGCCAGGAAGGACUGGUCCCGGUGACCGUCCUGAAGCCGUUGCCAUCCUCCCAUAGCAAAUUGAACAAUAAACAGCGCGACACGGACACCCUGGGAGAAGUCCCGCAGGAAAAUGAUUGCAUCCUACCGAACCAGCAUACGUCGCCCGUCAACAAACGGAAAGGCUUCAGCGGGAAAAAAUGGCUACCGACACAGUUCCGGAAACUCUCACACGGCAAAUCGGAUAAGCUUCCACCGGUGGAGAAGUCUCUCAUCAACAAAAAGGGCUCCGAUAAGAAGGUUAAGGUAAGUCCGAUAGACCAGCUUUUUUCCUGUUAUGCUCUCAUGCUAAUCAAUCAAACUCUUACACAGCCUAACCAACAGGAAAAACCACCGGAAGAGCAAGAAUCAGCGACGGCCGCCGCGGUACAGCUCGAGGCGGAAGAUGAGGAAGCGACGGCGAUUGAACUUCCGCCACCGAUGAAACCGAUUCAGGAUACCGCAUCCGCCUUAAGCGGCGCUAACGCAGCACCGUCGUCCUCCGAAGAUGCGACCGGCACUGCGAACAAGAUCACCAAGGCACUAUCGCUGAAAUCGCUCGAGGAACCGUCGAGCGCCCAGGCGCCGGCGGAUCUGACCGAGAUCGAACAGUUCGUCAAGCAGAAGGUGGAAAAUUUAAAGUAUCUGGAGAAUGAUGGUAGCGGUUCGGCGAUGGCAAUGGGACUGGUCGGUGGUGGUGGUGACGGGAGCAGCAGCUCGACGAUGGCACUGAACGGUGGACACACGAUCGCCGCCAAGCCCGCCAUUUCGCCCCAAUUCUCCGAGAACGAGGCGGCAGAUGAGAAUCUGACCGAGGAGCAGGGCAUCGAGGAUAUACUGCGCAAGCGGAACUAUGCGCUGCGGGAACUCGUCACCACCGAGGACGCGUACGUGAACGAUCUUUCCCAGAUCGUAAAUGGGUACAUUGCGGAAAUUCGAAACCCUUCGAGCACGGUACCCAUCCCGGACGAUCUGAAGGGUGGCAAGGAGCGGAUGGUGUUUGGUAACAUUGAAGCAAUAUACGAGUGGCACAGAGAUCAUUUUCUCAAAUCAUUGCAAAAGUGUCUCCAGAAUCCGUACGAGCUCGGGUCGCUUAUUAAGCGGAGCGAGCGAAAGCUGCACAUGUACGUCGUCUACUGUCAGAACAAACCGGUCUCGGAGCACAUUGUGCAGGAGCAUAUGAGUUACUUCGAUGAAUUACGCUUAAAGUUAAAGUAUAAACUAUGUUUAGGAGAUAUGCUCAUCAAACCAGUCCAAAGAAUAAUGAAGUACGAGUUACUGUUGAAAGAUAUCCUGAAGCAUACUCUGCGGGCCGGUCUCACUGAGGAGGUACCAGGGUUGAAGGAAGCGAUGCAUAUAAUGCAAGUAGUUCCUAAGGCUGCCAACGAUAUGAUGGACGUUGGGCGGUUACAAAAGUUUGAGGGUAAAAUAACGACACAGGGCAAGCUGCUGCUGCACGGUCCACUGUACUGUGUCGAGGGUGCCUCAAGUAGUGAUAAGAACUCGUACAACUCCCAGAAACCGAAGGAACUGCACGUGUUUCUGUUCGAGCAGAACAUCAUCUUUGCCGAGAUCGUCGGCAAGAAGACGCAGUUCACCAGUCCCAACUACAUCUACAAGGCACACAUACAGGUGAACAAAAUGACACUACAGGAUCUUUCCGACCAGACAAACGGCAACCGGUUCUCGCUUUGCUCAAUCGACCCGCAACGUUCCAGUCUUAGCUAUAUCUGCACCGCACCGACACCGGAGCUGCACAACGAGUGGCUCAACACGAUACACGAGAUACUGAAAACACAGAACGAUUUCCUCAAAGCGCUCGUCAGCCCGAUCGCCUACCAAAAGGAACUGACCAAGGAUUCCUAAGACGGCAAAUAGGGGUUUUGGACUGCGCUUUCCCGGUGAUGCCGGUCUUUUCCGUUUUCUGUUUUAUUGUGCGACUCGUCGUUUAAUGACUUCGGGAGACCCCGACACUCCCGCUAUUCAUCACACAAACACACACACACACAGAAGUAUUAUUUAUUUUACUGUAAAAUUGUGUGCAUUUGCUGCACAGAUGAAUGAGGAUGAGGAUGAGAGAUCAGCAUUUUUGGUUUCAUUUUCGCUCGAAGAAGAAACAAUCCAAAUUUGAUUAUUUAUAGACAAAGGAAGUCGACGCAUCAUCACGGUAGCAGCUAAGUAAUGCAGCAAAUUGAAUUUGCCUGCAGAACCGGUGCAUCACACACAAACACACACACACACACCCGUAAGAGAUAAGGAACGGAACAUUACUAUUCAACCAGGUAUGGCGGCUAUUAUAGCAUAUAAGCCACCAAUCAACCAGGCGCCGCAAACGCGAAGCAAGUGAUCGAGAAUAGACGACAAGAGAAAGGCGAAGGCAGCAGGAACACAGCAAAUAAAGCAAAUUACUCUCAACAACUCGUGCACGUUCAUCAUCUUUCGCGCUUGCCACACCGAAACAAGAUUAGAGGAAAUGGCUAAUGUGCUAAAAUGUUAACAAGAGCAGUGGAUGACAGAAACAAAGCAAAGCAAAACAAACUACCAAUAUCCACCACCCCCUCAAACUUACUCGUUAAAAUCAGCAUUAUCGCGUUGCCGAUUAUGAUAGAUGAAUGGUGUCGCCGGUAAAGUGCGUAAGUAACGUUAACCGAUGGCUUAAUGUGUAAUCUUAUUGGCAUAUUGGGGUCAACACACACACACACACACUCACAAAAAAGUAGUGUGAAAGAGAAAAAGAGAAAGCAAAUGGAAUAUCAGAAAAACACGAGCAAAAAAGGAUGAGAACAAAGAAUGAAAGAACGAGCGAGCAAUCGAAGCAAAAAGAGCAUGCAUACACACACAGUAAUAUUAGAAUAGAAGAAUAUCGAUUACAUACAACAGCAACAACAAGCAAAAGAAGAUACAAAACAAACAAACAAAGCAAACAAAGUAUAUAUUUUAUGAAUAUGGUUAUUAAGAAAAAGGGGAAUAUCCUUAAACAAAGAGAAAUCAAUCGCAAGAAGAAGAAGAGAGGAAAAAAGCAGUAGUUAAGUGAGUAAAAGAAAAGCGAAGCAUGGAUAAGAAGAUGAAAGUAGAUGAGAAGAAGCAGCAGCAACAUCACAAAAGAAAAGGGCAGAAGGAACAAAGAGAGGAAAACAAAACAAAACAAAAGGAAGCAAGCGAAGGAGAGAACAGAUUUGUAGCACAGCAAAACAUAUUUUUGAUAUUUUGUCAUUUUUGCCUCCUUUUAGUAACUUAUAUGACGAUAAAGGAAGAACAGAAGCGAAAACAUCCAUGCCUGGCUGGAUUGGCACAACACCCCGGGAUCAGGUGUUGGCGCUUGUAGAGGCGACAGGAACGUGCAAAACUCCUCAUAGGUUUCGAAGGCGAUUUUUACGCGCAAAAAUUAGAACGAGUGAACCGACGACGACAAACAAACACACACACUCACGCGGGUAUCCUUCCGGAAGCAUGGCAAGGGAGGUAAGGAAUUUUCUUUACUCUGAUAUUAAUCCUUCCAUUCGUAAGAAAUGAUUUCUUUCGGGGAGUUUUGUUCCUUUUCCAUGUGAGGUUUUAUAUCUGUACGUUCCGUAACUUCUUCCUACAAAUGAGUCCUUUUUGUAUACAAGCUCUGCGCGCUAGUUGAAGAAACAAGCGAGGUGAGUGUGGCGUAUUGAGACUGAGAACGCGCAAACCACCGUCGAGCAGGGGGCGGCAGGAAAAUUAGCAAGAAAAUGAUUUAAUGGAUGUUCGAUUUUUAUAUUAAUUAUUGGAGUCAAUAUAACAUUCUUAAGACGACUCUGGAAGCAUUGAUCGCGUUUUUCAAACCUUAGUCCUCCGACAGUAACUGCCACGCGCGUAUUGGACACGUGUUGUCCUCUUAGAAGAAUAGACUUUUAUGGGGGUUUCCAAACAAUUUUUUGUUCCAACAGAUGCUGGCUUUCUUUGGAAAUUUUUCUAAAGCAUCGCAUCGAAUUUUUGCGAUCCUUUUUGGGAUUACGGCGGUCCUUGGACAUCUACUUCCUAGCUUUCUACCCCCGAUACGAUGUGCAUUAUUCGUUGAGCUUUGUUUUGUCCUUUUGCCUUAAUUCGCCUCAUCUUCUUAGUUCGGUUUGCAUCACACCUCCAGGAAAGACGAUGCUAAUGUGUAAUUUAAUGUAAAAAAGAGAGGAAAACUAUUACAAGCUUUACUUCAAGAUACGCUGCUCCUGCUUAUCGAUCGUGUCUUUAGGCUGUUUAGUAGAUCGUUUUAUGUUUUAUGCAUUUCCCGUCUUAUUUUACCGAUAACUUCGCCAGAACGGUUAUUUAAGGGUUCAGCUCAGUCUGUCAGAGAGGUCUUUGCUUCGGGUAAAAGUAGGAACAACGGUUAAGGUCUAGACUUUCACCCUAAGGAUUUGGUUAACUAAUUUAAUAACGAACGAUCGAGCACGUAUUUGGUUUCGGUCCACAAUACAAAACGUUCACAGUGCAGAUAGCAGCUGAGUACUGAGUUGCAAUUGUAAAUUCAAAAUCGAAAAAAAAUCAGGUGCACAAGAAGCUGUUGGUGUAGAUGCCAUCUAACCAUUGGUGCAUCAGGCAAUGUGUGUGGAAGUGAUUUACAGAAGCCGAAGAAAAAAAAUGGCGGAAAAGAAACACGUGCAACGGAACAUAUGAAUAUGGCGAGCAAACGGAUGGGAUGGCGACAGCAGGAAGGAAAACAUUUGUGUGAUAAUACAUAAUAGUAAUAUGUUAUAAUGUUUAAUUUAUAACUAUAAUCUACAAUUUAGUGUGGCGCAAAUGGGCAGCGGAAAUUGCUCCUAACUUACUCACUACUACUAUUUUCCGUUCCGUUGUUGACUAAAGCAAGGUACGACGAGCAACAAGCAACAGUCCCAGGGCAGGAGAAAAACGGAAAAUCGCAUGAAAAUGAAACGCUUGUGUAAAAUAUUGCAAACAAAAAGAAAAAGAAAGUGUGUAUGCUCCGAUGUGCCUCUGGGUGCGCUCUCUCUCUCUAUGGGAUUGCUGUGCUGUGGAUGCAUCCUAAGAGUAGCCCAAGGCGCGGACAAACUACAAAUUACGAUAUAAAAACGGAUAGCAAAGUCAGAAUAAAACAAAAAGAAAAAAAAGGGGCACACGACGCGAUCAAAAGUGAGAAUAAUUACGCCUCCCCACGGGGUAAUUGUGUUGUACAUUGUACUGUGCGUUUAAAAUCAAACCAGGAAGAGUUCGAAAGGAAAUCACUCCACCACCCCAAAAUUAGACUAUAAAUAAGGAAGGGAUGCAGCAGCGACGCGACUGGAAGGAAGGUCGAGUAAAGGAGGUCACACAGCUGGUGGAGAAUAUGGAAUAAUGGAAUAAUGCUGAUAACAACACUACACGCAAGCAAAAGAACAACGGAGUGAAGAUAAAUAAAAUCCUGUGAAAGUGA